CUAGCUAAGCUUUGGUUUAAUUGUUGGUUAAUAAUGGAGAUGCUCCUACAGCAACCACCGGCGCCGCCAUGCAUUAAUGAAGAUGACCUAGCCCCUUCUUCCUCCGGCUCAACCACCACCGCCACCACCCCCACAGCCGCCAUCAGCAGAAGAAGUGAUACCAGCAGUAGUAGUGCUGCCAGUGGGGGCACACGGCAUCCGGUCUUUCGAGGGGUCCGCAAACGGCGGUGGGGCAAAUGGGUGUCGGAAAUUCGAGAACCGCGAAAGAAAUCACGGAUAUGGCUGGGUUCUUUCCCAAGCCCAGAGAUGGCAGCAAGGGCAUACGACGUGGCCGCAUAUUGUCUGAAAGGACCCAAGGCCCAACUGAAUUUCCCCGACGACAUCCAGCUGCUGCCGCGGCCAUUAACCACCACGGCUCGAGAUAUUCAGGCAGCAGCCUCAUUGGCCGCAAGAGUGGCGAUGGCAGAAGGAAAAAAGACUACUACUAUGUGUGGUAGUAGUAGCACUACCGCUACUACUACUGCAGCUCAUAUCGGCGACGAUGGGAGUGGGAGUGAUGAUUUUUGGCGGGACAUAGAGCUGCCGGAGCUCAUUGAAGCUUGGCCGGGGGAGAAUGAUAACAGUACCAGCGUAACUGUGAGGAGGGAUUAUGUGUGGGAGUUACGCUACUGGAGUGCUUCAUCAUCGUUAUCAUCAUGUUCAGGGAUGUUUUCCGGCGAUAUUGCCACGUCGCCGAUGGAAUGAUUCCAGUUGGAUGAAGAUGACCGAGCCCCCGACGGACUGUGUAAUUGCAUGUACUAGUUGUACGUCCGCGGCCGUAUGACCGUACAUAAUAGUUAAUACAACACUCCUCCUGCAACUAGUAUUAAUUACUUGGUGUUACAGUUUUAACUUCCUCAUUCAAUUAAAGCUUCAGAUUGUGAUUAA